AUGCCAAACAAUUCAAUAAAUGGUAUCAGCUAAUCAAAAAAAUCAGUUUAAUUCAGUGAAUAACACAUAGUUCACAUUGUUGAAAAUUGGAAGGAAUUUAAUUAUACUCCAAAGGAGAUCAAAGUUAAUCGAUAAUUGAAAGUGGAAAAAAUAAUUAUUAGAACUGAUUUUGAAAAUUACUUGUUGGAAAAAUACAAGAAAUUAAAAUCGGCUUUAAAAGAUUUAACUAAUUCAUGCUCAUUUAUAUGA